AUGACUGUCAUAUUCUUCUGGGCUAUGCAUGAUAACGACUUUUUCUCAGAUACAUUUAGUGUAAGGUCUCUAAGAGAAGGGGAACAUGAAAUGAUGGUUGCUUUAUAUUUACAAGUGAGCAUUGUGAGCCAGAUCCUGGUUUUUGUGACCAGGUCACGUCGCUGGUCCUAUGCUGAGUGUCCGGGACUACUUCUGGUCACAGCGUUCAUCAUUGCACAGUUGUUCACCAUUCGUUACAUCUUAAGUGGAAAAGCUUGGCUCAACUUGCUUGAAAAUAAGUCUGCAUUCACCACCAAGAAAAAUUAUGGAAAGGAAGAGAGGGAAGCUCAAUGGGCUCUUGCUCAAAGGACGUUACACAGACUUCAACCACCCGAAACUACGAACCUCUUCAACGAAAAGAGCAGCUAUAGAGAACUGUCUGAGAUCGCCGAGCAGGCAAAGAGACGGGCCGAGGUUGCAAGUUCAAGGCAGGAAGAUAGGUUUGUGUUGGGUCAUGUCUUGCUCCAAUAA